GAACACUUUGAAUGGAUGCGAAAAAAUCCCAAAGAAAUGUGGAAAACGAUUAAUAAACUUACAGGAAAAAAGUCAAUAACAACUUUAAUAUCCGAAAUCCAACCUGACAAUCAAAAUGUAACAAAACCAGAGGAGAUCGCAAAUAGAUUAAACGCGCAUUUCAAUGAGGUAGCAUCAAACCUAGCAAAAGACAUUCCACAAAGUUCCAAGACGGCAGAGUCUUACUUAACCUCAUCCAACGCACGGUUUAAUAUUCAAAACGUCUCAUUAACAAAAGUAUUUAAAUUGCUUUCGACGAUAAAAACAUCCAAGUCAGCAGGCCAUGAUAGAAUAUCCGGCAAACUUCUGAAAGAUGCGGCUGAAGUUAUAGCACCCACAUUAACAGCCAUAUUUAAUGCAUCUAUACAUGCGGGUGUAUUUCCUGAUGACUUUAAAACUGCAAUCAUUUCACCCAUUCAUAAAUCUGGAAGUAAAACAAAUUGCGAUAAUUAUCGCCCAAUCUCUGUUCUAUCAUCAGUUUCUAAAAUAUUUGAGAAAUUAAUUACCGAACAGCUUGAAACGUAUCUGGAAUCUAACGGCAUACUUACGGAACAGCAAGCAGGAUUCAGAAAAAAUAAUUCCACACAAACCUCCCUACUUAACGUUACAAACCAAUGGUUAAUUAAUAUGGACAAGGGUUGUUUGAACGGUGUUAUUUUUCUGGAUCUCAAAAAGGCAUUUGACUGCGUUGACCACCAUAUAUUAACUAAGAAAAUGCAUAUCUAUGGAAUAAGAGGACAUACACUUGCAUGGUUUCGAUCUUAUCUUACAAAUAGGACUCAAAUCUGCAAGGUCAACCAAGCAAUGUCUGAGGCAAGGACUGUUAAAUGUGGCAUACCUCAAGGUUCAAAUCUAGGCCCACUGCUGUUCUUGCUUUAUAUAAAUGACCUACCAAAUUGUCUGAGUCUGUCUUCAGCAAGCAUGUUUGCUGAUGACACAAACAUUUCAACUCACGGUGAUACUGGCAAUGAAAUACAAGAACGCUUAAACGCAGACUUAGAAAAUGUGCAUCAAUGGCUACUUGCAAACAAACUUACACUCAACAAACAAAAAACUGAAUAUAUGAUUAUCGGCUCACGACAACGUAUAUCAAAUAAAAUAGGGGAUCCUAAAAUUGAACUCGGUGAGUCAGAAAUUAAACGUGUUCAUAAAUCAAAAACUUUAGGAGUUAUUAUUGACGAGCGUCUUUGA